AUGCCGACUCCAAGGGCGUGCUGGCGUUGCUCAAAAACAGUAGGCUCCUGGAAAGAAUGGUUUGAGUGCAUAGCCAAUCAUUGUCGCAUACCUUCCACGGAGAGUGAUCCCUUGAGCAGGAGAGGCAGUCGUGACCAUGGUAACAAUGACGGCAACAACAGUGGCCGCCCAGGGGGGGGAGAAGGAAAUCCACCUGGCAAAACAUUUCAGGAUCAUGUCACAGGGGCGGGAGCGCAGUUCGAUUUCUUUUCUGAUACUGGCUUUUCUGGCACCGAUUGCAAUUAUUACGGUGCUGCAGGGACUUAUACCUCUAGCGGACAGACAUUUGAGGAUGGCACAAACUCCGAUGAGUCGUCAUCGGCAGGCUCUGAUGCGGAAAGUCCAUUUUUCUCUUUUGAGGAAUCAGAGCCACGACCCAUGGAAUUUUUAGGUUCCGGCUUGCUCCAUACCGGAGAACUACCGUCAACCGAACACCGUUCUCGACCAAACAAUCGGGACCCCCAUAUCUCCGAAAUGAAGAGGCUGUCCCGAGCGCAAACCCAAUUCCCGGAGGGCAUUUCUCCAGACCAGUCUCGUUCCGAACAAGCACUUGUACACAAGUCUGCAGACGCUUGCUCACCGACUGAAGCCUCGACCUCGACACAUCUCGCCAAGAACGAACGGCGCCCUAAGCUGCGAGAGAAAGCAAAUGUUAUCAGACAAUUGCUUGUGCUUCAGUCCGCUGCAGCAGCACGCUCUCGACGGGUGACCGAAGUCACCGAAGAAAUCGACGUAUCCCUUUUAGACCCAAAACCGAAUCUUACUUGGCUCCCCAAACCUGCUACUGACCUUAUCGUCCUUGAGCCUCAGUGGCUCUUGAAGCAGCUUAUCGAGCCUUUCCUAGCGGAAUGCGACGCGAGCGAGAAGCCAUCUCCAUUCUGGCUUGCUGCUUCUCGCUUUUUGGAGUCAAUUGUGAUUCAUGAAUAA